GGCAGCCAUGUUGACGAACAUGACUAACAUUCGGUUGCGGAAAUGCUUUAAAUUCUUACACCAGUAUAAAUGUCACUCGCUCUGAAUACUUUAAUUGUGUGUGUUAUGCGUUGUUCUGUUAUCCUUCACCAGUGCGACCAGUAAGACGACGUCAUGUGUGACUUGUUUCUUCCUGACUGCCCGAUCGAUAACGGCACAAAAGGAGUCUCGGAUGGAUUGGUUGAGCAGCUCAGACCCGUACAUCCCCAGAGUUUGAGAGGUACCGCUGGCUGUGAGACAUGGAGCGUGGAUUUUUCACCUGGAGGAUCACUUUUCGCUUGGUCUAUGGGUUAUGGCGUCGUGAAGGUGCUUGCAUGGCCCCUGCCAAAUAGCGAAGAAGGAGGAGACGAUGUUCGGGAUGCCCAGCUAACCGAUAAAACCUCAGACAGGACUUUGAAUUGUGGCCAUACUGUUUGGGGGUUAGCUUUUGGACCCCGUCCAAGGAAGCGUCCUGGUGCAACCAGCCACGCCUCUUAUGAACUUACCGAGGAUGUCCAAAUGUUGUUUCUUGCCACAGGUCUUAAUAACGGCAUCAUUAAGAUCUGGCGCGUGUCAACCGGUGAGGCACUUUUUGAUCUGAAAGGACAUCAGUCUGUUGUCAGGGAAUUGGUCUUUACUCCCAAUGGAACUCUAACACUUGUGUCUGGCUCUCGUGACAAAACACUGAGGAUAUGGGAUUUAACAAGCACAGGCAGAACAUGCCGUGUGUUGUCAGGCCACAGAGGUUGGGUUAUUUGUUGCAGGGUCUCUCCUGACAGCAGCAUGAUUGCAUCAGUCUGCAGCUCAGACAAUAGAGUGUGCUUGUGGAGUCUUCGGUCCUACACCUUCAUAAGGCACCUAGCGUUCACCAAACAGAGCGCUAUAUCAUCCUGCGACUUCUCCCCAGACGGAGCUGUGCUGGCAGUGGGCUCAUAUGGCCUUCACAACUCCGCUGGCUGGAGGGUGGAUCUCUGGGACCCGUACACUGCUGAGCUUCUGGUAACACUCGAGGACUGUUGUAGCUGUGAACCCUUUAUGAAUUCCAAAACAAUCAAGACUCUGUGCUUUUCCCCUGAUGGACUGUUUUUGGCUCUGGUCGUAGACCACAGAGCUCUAAGACUCUGGGAACUGGGUCAGAACACUUUCAUGAUGGAGACAGACCUGACCACAUUCCACAACGAACUGUGCUGCACUUUUCAUCCACAGGAGGGCAUCAUUGCCACAGGGACAAGAGAUGGCCAUGCCAAAUUCUGGAGAGUAAAGCCCAUGAUCCCCAGCCUUAGCCACCUGUGUCGCGCCGUCCUACGCUUCUCAGUGUCAACUCAUCAGAUGAAAGCCUUUCCCAUUCCCCAGAAGCUUCUGGAGUUUCUCACCUACAGGGACACCCCUAAGAGACAGAAGACCUACUGCAGGGCCCACUGUAGAUGAUGAUGGUGAUGAUGAAGAUGCUGUGGAUAUCACUGAUGAUACAGACAACAGUCGCAACUUACAAAAGUGUCUAUUUAUUUCCAACUUGUAAAUGUAUUUAUACAUAUGUCCAAUUCUGUGAAUAUUUUGUUCAAGGUGUAACUAGUUGUGUUCUGCUUUGUGUGUUCAAGUGCGUAUUUGGAAGAGUGAUGUUUAAAAACAAAACACUUUAAAGCUCACAGGUUCACAGCCAAGAACCCUCAAAGGAGAUCAGGAGGAUCAGAUGAUUAGUCAAGCCGGUGUGUCUGUUUUAUGAUGCCUCACUGACUACCAUGUCUCUCACUGCUUGAAAAGCUCCAACCAUUGAGCUCAGCUGAAUCUUCUCACUGGUUCCCGAAGCCAGUCGAUACCUUAAAGAGAAAAGCACAAUAAAAGUUUGAUAUUAGACAAA